CUUUAAGGGAGAGCUGGGACGGUGACUGGUCAGAGCCAGCUUGCUUGGGGAGCAGAUUUCCUUGCAGCGGAAACGGCUGGUAGGAGAAGCCGCGCCUGGCUGAGGCAAAGUUCCGUAUGGUGCUGAUCCCUCUCCUCCGAGGAUGUGUCCAGCUCCUCGCGCUGCCUGUCUAUGUGCUCUCCUACCUCGGCCUAUGGGAUUUUCUGUGCAAAAGCGCCUUCCCAUUUUUCAUGGCCCGGAUAUCCAAAGUGUAUAACAGAAAGCUGCAUAAGGAAAAGCGGCAGCUAUUCAGUAACCUGCAAGAGUUUGCCGGCCCGUCGGGCCGACUCACGGUGCUGGAAAUUGGCACAGGCAGUGGGGCCAACUUCCAGUUUUAUCCGCCGGGCUGCCGGGUCAUCUGCACUGAGCCCAAUCCCAAAUUUGAAAAGUAUCUCCGCCAGAGCGUGGCCGAGAACCCGCACCUCCAGAUGGAAGGCUUCGUGGCGGCUCCUGGCGAGGACCUGCGCCCCGUGCCUGACGGCUCCGUGGACGUGGUGGUGUGCACGCUGGUCCUGUGCUCUGUGCCAAGUGUGCAGGCUGUCCUCGAAGAAGUCCUCAGAGUGCUGAGGCCGGGUGGUGCAUUUUAUUUUAUGGAGCAUGUGGCAGCUGACCGAUCCAGCUGGAACUACUUCUGGCAGCAAAUCUGUUACCCCACCUGGAAACUUUUGGGAGAUGGGUGUUCCUUGACAAGAGAGACCUGGAAAGACCUGGAGAAUGCCAAGUUCUCUGACCUGAACCUGAGGCAUAUAAUGGCCCCACUGAUGCUAAGUUUUGUUCAUCCUCAUAUUCUUGGGUAUGCUGUGAAAUGAUGUCUCAGCCUUUGGGAAACAUCUUCCCAGGGAGAGGUAGCCAUGUGUCCCUAGAGACAUUAAGGCUGAAAUUGUAUACUCAUUUUCCUGGAAGAAAGCUUUAUUGAAACUCAAUGGGACUCACUUCUGCAGAAAAAUGUA